UUCAUGCAUGAUCUAUGGCAAAAGCGAGCGCAUGUUUAGUGAAUGAAAGAUCAGGUGGUCAUUCAUGAGUGUUUACGAUAUCACAUGAAUGGUGCAAUAUAAUUUCCAAGAUUUUGUUUCUGUGACAGAGAUAGAAUUAUGAUGAAAAUUAAAGUACUAUAAAAGAGAAGUAAUAUAUAAGAUUUAUUUUUCCAAUUAUAUAUAAUAUAUAAUGGCUGCUUGGAUCAAUGUAACUUCAAAAUUAGAGCAAGGUUUAAUAAUAGUGGCUCGGCUGGAUAAUAGCAAGUUCCGUCUUCUUGUCAACCGUAUAUGCCAAAGCCUGCAAUCUAGCAUAAAUACAAAAGUAUUUAAUGAAGAGGAGGAAGAAAAACUGCUAGUUUCUUUAGACCUAAUGAAAGAUGAAUUAAUUCUUCUAUUAGAUACUAUUACAUCGAUUUAUAUGCAAGCUGCAUGUAAUGUUGUUAAACCAUCUCUCAUGGAAACAGUCAUGAAGGACAAUUUUAAGAUAGAUGAAGAGAAAAUAUCCAUUUUUAUAAAUGCAUGGAUAACUUAUGGCAAAGGCAUUGUGGAAAAUUUUAGGCAAAAAUCUAUGUUUCCUAUCCAGGUAAAAGAUAUCAAUUGGUGUCUAAAUGUUCAAUCAUCGUCCUCUGCAAUUUCCAAAGAUGCACGACCCAUAGCAUUACUUCAACUUGGUCUGACUGGUGAUGAGACAUCUACACUAACAGUAGAAUUUGAUAAGAAACAGUUGACAGAUCUCUAUUAUAAUUUAGAAAAAAUUCAAACUCAGUUAGAUGCUUUAGAAGCAAAAAUGUAAAUAUAUUUAAAA